UGAUCUGGCAGGCACGGUAAUGGCCACCGUGCGGGAGAAGGCGGCGGCGCUGAACCUCUCGGCUCUCCACAGCCCGGCGCAGAGGCCUCCGGGUUUCAGUGUGGCCCAGAAACCAUUUGGAGCCACAUAUGUGUGGAGCAGCAUUAUAAACACGCUUCAAACACAGGUGCAGGUGAAAAAGCGAAGACACCAUUUAAAAAGACACAAUGACUGCUUUGUUGGUUCAGAAGCUGUGGAUGUCAUUUUUUCUCACCUAAUUCAGAAUAAAUAUUUUGGUGAUGUGGAUAUUCCUCGGGCCAAAGUGGUGAGAGUGUGUCAAGCACUUAUGGACUACAAAGUAUUUGAAGCAGUUCCAACCAAAGUCUUUGGAAAAGACAAAAAACCUACAUUUGAAGAUAGUAGUUGCAGCCUUUAUAGAUUCACAACCAUACCUAAUCAAGACAGUCAGUUAGGCAAAGAGAAUAAGCGAUAUUCACCUUCCAGGUAUUCCGAUGUAUUUAAGUCAUCUGAUAUCAAAUCAGCAAGUUUAGAGGAUCUGUGGGAAAAUCUGAGUUUAAAGCCUACUAACUCCCCUCCUGUAAACAUCUCUGCAACCUUGUCUCCACAAGUUAUUAAUGAAGUAUGGCAAGAAGAAACAAUUGGACGUCUACUGCAGCUCGUAGACCUUCCACUUCUUGACUCCUUACUCAAACAGCAAGAGGUUGUAUCUAAAGUUCCUCAGCCUAAGAGGCAACCUGAUUUGGUCAACAACAGUAACUAUCUGGAUCGAGGGAUUCUCAAGGCUUACAGUGACUCUCAGGAAGAUGAAUGGCUCUCUGCAGCAACUGAUUGCUUAGAAUACCUUCCAGACCAGAUGGUGGUGGACAUAAGCAGAAACUUUCCUGAGCAACCAGAUAGGAUAGACUUAGUGAAAGAACUUCUGUUUGAUGCCAUUGGCAAAUAUUACAGUAGUAGGGAACCUCUGUUAAAUCACUUAUCUGAUGUUCAUAAUGGCAUUGCAGAGCUCUUAGUGAACGGGAAGACUGAAAUAGCAUUAGAAGCCACUCAGCUCUUUCUAAAGCUUCUGGACUCCCAAAAUAGAGAAGAAUUUAGAAGACUACUGUAUUUCAUGGCUGUUGCAGCACAUCCUUCUGAAUUUAAAUUACAGAAAGAAAGUGACAACCGAAUGGUUGUGAAAAGGAUAUUCUCAAAAGCGAUUGUUGACAAUAAAAAUUUAUCUAAAGGCAAAACUGAUCUUCUCGUACUCUUUUUAAUGGAUCAUCAAAAAGAUGUUUUUAAGAUUCCAGGAACUCUACAUAAAAUUGUUAGUGUUAAGCUCAUGGCCAUUCAGAAAGGAAGAGAUCCAAAUAGAGACACAGGAUAUAUAUAUUGCCAGAGAAUUGAUCAAAGUGAUUAUUCUGACCAUACACAGAAGACAACCAAGGAUGAACUAAUGAAUUUACUAAAGACUAUUGAUGAGGAUUCAAAACUAUCUGCCAAAGAGAAGAAAAAAUUGCUAGGUCAGUUCUAUAAGUGUCAUCCAGACAUCUUUAUUGAGUAUUUUGGAGACUGAGUUUUUAAUGUCUGUAUAUAACUUAGGUAUUUUAAUAAUAAAUUAUGUAUCCUAAAUAUCUAAUCACAUUUGUAAUCUUAGAUGUUCUAAAUAUGAAAUUGUACUU